GGAGCCAGAGCAGCGCGAUGAUUGGAGGGUCGAAGCCUGGCGGAAGCGGGGCCAGCUGCAGGGGGGCGGUUCCUUGGACCAUGGCGGCCGCGCCGCCGCUGCGGGACCGCUUGAGCUUCCUACAUAGGCUCCCCAUUCUCUUGAAGGGGACCUCAGAUGAUGACAUCCCGUGUCCAGGCUACCUGUUUGAAGAGAUUGCCAAAAUUUCCCACGAGUCACUGGGCAGCAGCCAGUGCCUGCUGGAGUACCUCCUGAACCGCCUGGACAGUAGCUCUGGCCACGUCAAGCUGAAGGUGCUGAAGAUCUUGCUUUACCUAUGUGGUCAUGGCUCUUCCUCCUUCCUGCUCAUCCUCAGACGAAACUCUGCUCUCAUCCAGGAAGCCACAGCUUUUGCAGGCCCCCCUGACCCUCUUCAUGGAAACAGCUUGUACCAGAAGGUGCGGGCAGCUGCCCAGGACCUGGGUAGCACCUUGUUCUCAGAUGCUGUGCCACUGCCUCCCUCCCAGCCACCCCAGGCCCUGCCUCCAGCAGGCAUGGGUGCCCAGGCCAGACCUCACAGUGCUCUCCAGGGCUUCGGCUACACUAAGGAGUGCGGCCGGACAGGCUCUGCAGGUGAAACCUUCCUCUCUACAAUCCAGAGGGCCGCAGAGGUAGUGGCUAAUGUUGUGCGUCCUGGGCCUGAGAACCCCAGUACCCAGGGACCCCUGCCACGUGGUGAUACCUAUCAGCCUGCAGUGACACCUUUAGCUAGCCACACGCACCCCAACCCUGGGACUCUAAUCCUUGGGGCCAGAGCUGUAAGACACCAGCCUGGGCAGGCUGGAGGAGGCUGGGAUGAGCUGGACAGUGGUCCGAGUUCCCAGAAUUCCUCCUGCACCAGCAACCCGAGCAGGGCCUCGGACUCAGGCAGUCGGUCAGGCAGUGACAGCCACUCUGGGGCCAGCCGUGAGCCAGGUGACCUGACAGAAAGGACUGAGGCCAUGGCCCCAAAUGACUGUCAGCAAGAGCUGAGCCUAGUGAGAACCGUGACACAGGGGCCACGUGUCUUCCUGAGCCGUGAGGAGACCCAGCACUUCAUCAAAGAGUGUGGGCUGCUCAACUGUGAGGCUGUGCUGGAGCUGCUCCUCCGCCAGCUGGUCGGGACCAGUGAGUGCGAGCAGAUGAGGGCACUGUGUGCCAUUGCCUCCUUUGGGGGUGCUGACCUCCUGCCUCAGGAGCAUGUCCUUCUCCUCUGCCGGCAACAGCUGCAGGAACUUGGUGCAGGCAACCCCGGACCUGUGACCAACAAAGCUACCAAGAUCCUGAGACACUUUGAAGCCUCCUGUGGACAGCAGUUCCCUGCCCGAAGGCCCUGUGCCCAGCACAGCUCUGCAGCUGCCCUUGUGGGCCCAGCUGAUCUGCUGACCAGCCCUGUGCCUCCCCCUGGGAGCCAGGUCUUCCUCCAGCCUCUUAGCUCCACCACCAUCGUGCCCAGGAAUCCUGUGCCCGCUCCAUCCCCAGAUACCCUUCUUCCUGCUCUAGAGGAUGCCAGUGAGGUCAAAACCCAAUUGGUAUGUUCUAGUGAACAGGGGGCAGGAUUUGACCAGAGCCCGGAGAACACAGACACCCCAGAGGGUAGCUCCAGUACGUGCCUGUGGAGCCCCAACUCUUUGUUUGAGGGAAUGGAGCUGGUGGCUUGCCCCCGCCUGCCCUGCCCCAGCUCCCAGGAUCUCCAGCCAGGUGUACAGAAGGUAACCACAGAACAUUCCAUCUCAGAGCCAUCAGCUUUCGCAUUUUUGAACAUGUGACUCUCUGGGCCCAGCUGCUCAAAGUCCCUCGGUCCUCAUAUUGAGGCCCCUAAGACCUCAUGGCCUCAUGUCCACCAAGGAGUGGUCCUUGAGUGUUUUCUGGGUAUCCUCUUGCCCCCUCUGGCCCCUCUCUUUUACCUAGAAAGCUGUGGUAAGGCAGUCCCUGUGUGGGCCUCCCAGUGGUCAGAAGAGUCGUUGAAGACAUACAGGCCUCAGUGCUGACCAGCCAAGAUAGAAGUGUGGAAAAGAGGGUCAGUUGGUCCCUCAAAAGAUGUUUGCACACUCAUCGCUUCUUGGGAAGUUGACUCUCUGGCCAUGCCCCUGAGAUUGGCUUCCGUCUUCUUCCCGGCAAGACACACACAAACGUUUUUGAAGGUCUGUCCAUGGCUGGAGACCACCUCAGGUUUCUUGCUUCAUGUAGUACAUCUACAGGGCAGUGCUUUCCCAGGGCCGUUGGCCACAGCCCCUCUGCCCCAUGCUGCUCUGAUUCUAGGAGGCUGAACACAGAGGCCAAACCCUCACCCCGACCCCCAGGCUACCUCGGUCCCCGUCUGGACCCGUCCCUUUGCUAGGUGCUGGCGAUGGUUAUAUGGACUUGAGUGCCUAUGGUAGCAACUGGCAGGUAGCGGGGCUGCAGUACUGACCUUGGGUACCCUGGGCAAGCCCUGCCUGCCUGACCCUCAGAAGUCAGCACUUGUAAUGGUUGGAAACAUUGACUUGGUUCUUAGUUAAGGUUCUGAUCUUGGGUCUUUCUGAAGGGAGGUCACAGCACCUGGGAGCCACAGCCUUCAGGGUCACAGCACUCUGGGGUUGUGCCUGUGCCUGUGGCCCAAAAGGUCUGAUUCUCAGCUUCCUUAGCCAAGUGUGGCCAUUUCCAGUGUCAGGUCCCUGUAGGACCCUGCUCUGGAUGCUCAGCUUGUCACAGUUUUCUGCAGACCAUGGGAGAGUCUAGUGAACUUUCCUGUCCAUCUCAGAAGAGCCUGUGGAGCUGGGACAUGCACUUUCCCAAUAAACAUUGAUGUUUACACAGCCCA